UACUCGGUUUAAGUUAUAUUAUGUCUGACUGAUAACGCGGGUUUUAACUAAAGAGGUAUCCUAAUUGCAUGUUUUCACGAAAUGUAUAGGCAAUCUGUCGGCUGAGUUUGGAAGAAAUGAAAACAAGAACUUGGAGAACUUUUAGAGGAACUUAAUAUCCUAACCGAUUAAUGUCUGUAUUCUACUCUUUAAUUGCUUUGUGCCAAUACUCAGCCGGAAGAGGGGGGUCAAUCGGCAAGCUAUCCUGUAGUUACAUCACAGGCCCUAUGAAGGAGGUCAUCAACCUUGUACCGACAACCUUUGACCUUCGACCUUUACGGUUGCCGCGUGUAUCAUACGUUUGUACGCUACCAGCGCCGACGAACAAAACGAGUUGUGAAGAUUACAAUGAGACAAACCACGUGAGUCCUCUCAACCCUGGAGUGGGAGGCAAACCAUUCUACGUCUAUUGCGAAAAAGAUGACUAUGUCAUUAUUCAGCGGAGGACACACCUCUCGGUUGAUUUCAAUCGUUCGUGGAUUGAUUACUUUAAUGGAUUUGGAGACCUACAUGGAGAUCAUUGGUUGGGACUACAGAAGAUCUUACGGUUCACACAGAAUGGGAAUAAGGCGCGAAGCUGGAAAAUUAUGGUUAAAUUCGAGGACGGUGAAGUUAUUGGCGCCACUUUUCAAGCACGGAUAUAUGCAGAUUUUACAGGAAGUUUCUGGCAUUUCAGUUACGAGGGCAUCCACGUUAAUAAUACGUGGAGGUUUCAUCUACGGGCACCUGGCAGACCGUAUAUAUACCCUUUCGCUACCCUAGGAACGUACAUGAUAAACUCAUCAGAUUCAUCGUUGCUGCCGGGUGAAAUCAGUUGCCCCGGUAUGUGUGGUGGUGGAUGGUGGUAUAAGACCGCACGAUAUAAAUGCAUCGGGAACAUAAAUGGUAUUCUUAGUGCUUCUACCAAUGAGGGCACAGAGAGGAGCUGCGGGUGGCCGAAAAGAGUCGUGAAGACUCUUUUGAAGAUGAGAGUGUGUAACGAUUGAAGGAAGCUGAUUGAAUGUAUUCAAAUAAACUGCUUGUAUAUAUUUGUGAAAAUUGGUGAGCCAGAAUGAGACAGAAACAAAUGGAAGAAUAAAUAUUAUGAUACUGGUAAAAGUGUCAAAAAAAUGAUUGGUUGCAUGUCAAUGAUAAGCUUGAUCAAAAUGAGACUAAUACAAAAUGGAAGGAAGUUACUUUGAUAUAAGGUAAAGGAAAACAGAAAAUGAUUAAAGGAAGAUCCUUACUUAACAACUUCUCUAAAAGAAUAUGAUUUUUUGAAAGUUACAAUCACUUUACGAAUGGGGACUUCAAAUGAAUG